AUGGCGCUUAAAGUGAUAGCCUUUGUGGCUUUGAUCGCUGUUUAUUCAACGGCGAAGGAGCAAACGAGAUGGUCUCGUCAAAUCAGCUCUUACACAUCUGACAUAAGCGACUGGGUUCCCUUGUCAGGACCACUAGAGAAAGAAUUACCUCAAAUCAAGAGACAAGCGGUGGCGGAGCCGAGAAUACUAUCAGAACCUUUCCCGGGCUUUAUAAGACCUACAGGCUUUAGUCAAGACGGAUUUCCUUCAAGGUCAUUUUAUAAUGCCCCAGCAAAUAGGCAACUGUAUUUACAGUCAGUACCAUCUGCUCCUCAGAAUUAUCUGUCAGACCAGGGCUUCAGUCAAGGUCUAAGAUUUGGCUUGACACAACCAAAUUUCCCGUUAAGCCAGGGAUUUAUUUCUCCACAAUUUAACUUCGAUAGCGUACCACAGUUAAAAGCCAGACCUCUUCCUUCUAUAAAUCCGGUCAAAUUUGAAAAUUCAGUAAAAAUGAUCAACCCUAUACCCGCUCCUAUUAAACCUUUUAUCACACAAGCUCCAAAAACAAAGCCUGAAAUACCAAAAUAUAUUGAUGGAUAUCGUGCAGAAAAUAACAGUGACUAUAACUUUGACAAAAGGAAACUCCAGUCGUUACCAAAAAUCAAAUUUGAAGACACUAACAAGUCGAAGGAAACAGGAUUAAGCUCUAACCCGAAGGUGGAACGAGAAGAAGUUCAAUUACUUUAUAUGCCUUUAGAAUCUUUAAACAGAGGACAGUUUAACUUUAGAAGUCCCUUAACUACAGCGCAACUACUGAAUACAGAAUUCUUCAAUCAAAAUCAACGACCCAAUCCAAUAAUCCAAAAUCUUGAAGGUGAAUUUCAAAGACCUGUUAAAUCUCAAGAUUCAUUUAACUCUCAAGAAUUCCUUACAAGUUUUAACAGACAACUUCAUGAAAUGGAUACUUUUCCAAGAUUUUCAACUAUGACUUCCCCUUUUCCUACAAACGCACCAACAACGCCUAAGCCUAAGAAACUAAAGCCGCAUCAACCCCCUUUAGCUAUUUUCCUAACGCAAGAAGCCAAGAAAGAAGAUGAAAUUAAAGUAGGAGAUGUAUUGAAUUCCUUAAAAAGCGCUAGUACAGUUGCAGUACUGGAUUCUGUAAAUCCUUUGAAUGCUCCUAAAGUAUUCAUUGGUCCUUCCUCGUUAACACCGCCAGAAAAUUUCGUAAAAUUUGAGCUUCCUUACUUGUCAAACAUAGAAAAUAUUGAUAAGAAAUUAAGACAGUUGCCAUUCUUCGUAGCACCACUAAGCUAUAAUACUCCACAAGGAUUUGCUAAGAUACCUUUCCCAUCUCCACAUGUGGGCUCUGUAGUUAUAAAUUCACUUAUAAAAGAUACUUCUUCUCCGAGCACGACAACAACAGCUGCAAACGUUUACUCUAAUCCUCAUCCAAACUAUUAUAACCAGCAAACUAUAUAUAAACAGGAACAGAAACCAAUAACACAAAAACCAAAAAUCAGUUACUAUUCUACCACUUCUCCAAACAUAAAUUCCCCAAACUAUGAACAGAACUAUUACUCAAUUGAACCACAAUCGGUAAGCAGUCUACGGCCAUUAAAAGAAUCUGAAUUCAGUUAUACAACUGAGUCGACCCCCACCAAAAGUGGCUCAUACUUCAUAAGCAAUCGCGGAAAUCAAUACAACGUACCACAGUCUUUCCCAAAAGAAACAAAUUAUAAACCCCAAGAACCGCCUAAGACAGUUAAUAUUUUUAAACCCGAAUCUACAACAACACAAAGAACAACAAUUACUUCAACUACAAAACUACCUUCGACAUAUCCAAGUCAAUUAUUGGAAACACACAAUCCUUAUUCUAUAAACCAAGCCUUUCACUUUAGUACACCGUUAGAUUAUCACAACUUCUUUGAGGAAUACAAAGAGCCUUAUUCUACUCAUGGAAAAAAUCAAUCCCCUUCAUCUACUCCAAUUCCAACUACAUCUCCAUCUACAUCAACCACAAAACUUGAAGAAGAGCCAACUCAACCACCUACAUAUCAGCCAAAUAGGCAAUCGCAGGCUCAACCAAAUUAUUUGCAAAAUUACUCUCCAGAAAUUCAUCACGAAAAUGAGAAUCAGAACUUAAGGUAUCCAACUUAUAACACAAAUGAUUACGGGACUAAGACAGAAACAGCGCCACAAACAGAAUACAGUCAUUCCAGUCAAAGCUCUUCUGGUGACAAUACUCAAACUAUUAGCAAUACAAAUGUAUUUGAAGAAAAUACUAAAAAUUUUGGUACUCAGUCCCCUACAUACGACAACUACACUGAAGUUGUAAAUAAUAUACCUGAAACACCUUUUGUUAAUAUUCAGUCGACAAAAUCUUCUGAGUAUAAUCAAUAUGACAUUGAUUAUAAUUCACAAGACAUACAUUCUUCCACUACUAGUACAACAACUACAAGAAGAACAACCCGAACAAGGGGACGUCCUCGAUAUCCUACUACUAAAUCAGAUUCUGGAGAGUAUUCAACACGUGCUACUGUAACUCGGAGACCUCUUAGAGAGAGAAAACCCCUACCUCCAAGAACUAGAUAUGAACCAAAUAGAAUUACAUCGGAAAAGCCAACUAGAAAACCAUUUGACUCCAGCGAAAAUACUACGAAAUCAAGCAGAAUAAGAACCAGAGGCCGUAUCCAAUUCAAACCCACGGAUACAGAAGAAACUUAUACAAAAAGAAAUAAAAAUAAUGGCAAAGAAAAUGAUUUAGCUUAUCAGAGGGAUGUUCUGCACCAAAAUUAUCCAGUCACUCUUAUGGAACGAACAAGCACUGCAGAUAUUGAAGCUAUUACAGAACCAGCUGAGAGAGGAAUUUCUACAAACAACAUAGAAAUAUCGAAGAAUUUUGAUACUGAAGAUGCUUAUAGCAACGAUAACCCUUCCAUAACUGAACCGAUACAUACAGAAUCAAAAGAUGUUCCACAACAGUUUACCGCAGCCAUAGAUCCUGUCUCGGAGACCUCUUAUGUGCCUAAUUUUUCUUCUCCUAACAAGGAAUAUUCUUAUGAACCACAAAAUGCUGGAUCUCAAGAUGCUACAUCUUAUGACGAAGUAAGAGAAGAAAAUUACUCAGUACAAACUUCUCCUGAAUAUAAAACAGAAGAUCAUCAAUAUGAUUUGAUCUCUAGUAGGCCCACUAGUCCAGUAACAGAACAAAAUGUACCCAUUUACUCGAUAAAUGAUGAAUUUCAACCGAACAAACAACAUGACAUAAGUACGCAGCCUGAAGGUGAAGAAAAUACUGGAAUUGUAGGUCCCGAUGUAGGACAAGAGCAAGAACAAGAAGAAAAUAUUGUUGAGACGACUCCUUCAUAUAACAGAGUAAGAGUACGCCCAGGAGUCAUUAGACAAUAUCAUCAGGCAUCCACAGAAUCUGGGGCAUUAAAAAGUGAAAGGAGAAAGCCCUUACAAGCUAUAACAUAUAGACCAGCUUUUGACAAACGGCGAACUACUAUGAGAAUCGAAGAAAUUGAAGCUGACUUGAAAACAAAGCAAGUUCAUAUUAGACCAGAAUUUAAAGACUAUAAACAACCUGUAUACAAACCUGAAUCAACAACUGAAUCAAUUUCGACAUCUUCUACAACGGAAGCUACUACAAGGCGUGGUCAAUUUAGACGUAGGAGGCCAGCAUACAGCACUACCACUGAAAACACCGUCACCAGAAGAACCUAUGAAGUUAAAAAUCGUUUUAGAGGACGUCGACCAACAGAAAAGCCAACUGAAAAGCCCGAAGAACAAGUAGACGUAACAACAACAACCACAAAAAAUAAUUUAUACAGUAGGUAUAGGGACAGGCCAAGAUUAUCGGAAAGAUAUAAUAAAAAACCUGAAACGGAAACAGAUGAUCAAGUAAGUGAGGAUCAAGAUUCAAAUUAUUCCAUCAAUAGGCCAAAAUAUGCAGAACCAGAAUCAGAACACUGGUCACCAAAAAUUUCAAAAGAUUCCUUUAAACCAUUUAAUCCAAAUAACAUUGCUGGUGAUACAAAAACAGAAACAGGUGAAGUAAAGUUAAAAGAUGAUGAACUAGAUAUAAUUACAGCCAAAAAUGAAUUCGAAGACAUUCUUAUUUCUGUAACACCUGCAUAUAAUAAUAGACAACAGAAAAAAAUACCUGAUAUACCACCCACGCUCGAAGCUUUGGUAGAGCAAAGUAAGGUAACAAAAAGCGACUCUGGGGACAACAUGUCCACUUUUGAAAGUAUGCUUGAAGAGGUAAUGAAAAGCCUAGAGGAACAAGACGAAAACGAAUACACAGGAAAUGUGAUGAAACAUAAAGGUGGUGAAAUCGGCGAGAUUCCUCCAGAAAGAAUUAUAUCGUCGGGUGAAAACUACUCUCUGAAACCUACUACGCCUGUCCAAGAUGAGGUGACAGCGCCAGAAACGGAAAAUACUUCUUCCCCCAACAGCACAGAGGUGACGACUCAAACUAACCGGCGUCGUGGAUUUUGGAAGAGAGUUAAAAAGGUGCGUCCAGCGUCAGAAGAAAUUGAAGUAGCUGAGUCGCAGUACUAUUCUAACGUUGUGAACAGGCUUGGACAAUCGGUACAAAAAGGUGCCUUAGAAAAGUCAGGAAAAGGUAAUACAAAAAUUGUUGUAACAACUUACAAACCAAAUUAUCAGUUCCUAAAAGAUUUUUUCGAAACUGAUGAUGAAGAUCAGGUAGAUGUGAUACCAAAUUUUGAAAUACCUAAAAUAUCUGCCGUUGAAUCUAGUUCAGAAGUUGCAAACGAAACUUUACCAACGCCAAAAUCAGAUAUAAAAAGUACUAAUUCUACAGAGAAAGUUAACCCUGGUGAUAUGGACUUAGGUACUGGAUCACCAGAUCCUACGCUCGAGGAUACUGCUUAUUACACAGAGCCGACAGAAUCGACUAAUGCAGACAUUGACCGAUCUGAUGGACUCAGCUUAAUGGACUAUUUGUUUGGAGAAACAUCUGAACACAAAGAAAUUAUUAAGAAUGAAACUACCAAACUUUUAGAGACCACACCUAUAGCUAAAUUAGAAGCAAAAACCGAAAUAACUAAAGCAAAAGCUACAACUGAAUCAAAUUAUAUGCCUGAUGAAUUCACAGCUGAAACUGCAAAUGAAGAGAAUGUUACAGAGAUGGACAUACAAAGAAUAACCAGAGAUGACAGUAAUGAAUAUGUAACAGAAAAAUCAGUUAAAGUAGAGACUUCAUCAGUGUCCAGCUUCAUGAAUCCAUCUGAUGUUGUCAGUACUUCCAUGUCUACAGAAGUAUCCCACGAAACAGAAAUCUGUUUUAGGGGCAGAUGUAUAAAAACCAAUAAGAAUAUAUUA